GAACAUCUGCUUACCUCUCGCCUCAACCUGCUAUGGCCAAACCCCUCCUCUAGACUGUUCCAUCUUGGAGCGAUACGCCGGCUUCCAAGCUUCAAUUUCAGACCGGAAUCCGCAUCGUGAAUUCAUCUCCCUUGAUCGCCGCACAUCACCCACGAUUAUAUCCACGACCAUGUCGCGCACCCCCAGUGUGCCUUUACCGCCCCCAGAAUCCGCCUCGUUCGAAAAGCAGCCGGGCCACACGCGUCAGGAUCUACUUAAUCACGCGAAGGGGACCGAGGAGUUCCUGGAAAGAAGUACAAAACCGCCAUCUGACAAAUCGAAAUCGGCCGCUCCCUCCAUGAACGCCAGCCCCAACCCAUCCGCCCACCUUACAGUUCCGGGCUCUACGCCAAAUACGCCAGCCUCUCCCCCUGCUCCGGUAAAGCGCGCUGCCAGUGCGUCGGCCCCUUCAACCCCCGCUACGCCAUCUCGGCCACCGUCUCGGGCGGCGUCCGUAGUGUCCGAAACAUCCCACAAGUUCAAUUUGAAGGAUCUGUUGGGCUCGGGCCCCAAGCUUUCCCGUCGUAAUAGUGCCCGCAGCGCGAGCUCCCGCCAGAGUGCAGACAGCGAAAGCGAGGUCAGCCAUAAGAGUGGAGCGGGGGUCUCUCGAGCCAAGAGCACUCGCAGUGCGGGUGGAGACUCCGUGGGGUCAUUAUCGAGCAAAUACGGUGUGGUCAAGAAGAUUGCCAUCGGGAAGGGCGCCACGUCCGUCGUUCGAUUAGCUCACAAGUGGGAUCGAUCUGAGGGUGACAAGAUGUAUGCGGUGAAAGAAUUCCGCAAGCGACGACGCAACGAGACGGAAAAAGAAUAUGUUAAGAAGCUUACCGCCGAGUUUUGCAUUAGUUCCACUCUCCACCAUUCGAAUAUCGUUGAGACGGUGGACCUUAUCCAAGACGAGCAAGGGCGAUGGUGCGAAGUCAUGGAGUUCUGUCCUGGUGGUGACUUAUAUGCUGCCAUCAAGAAAGGUGGUAUGUCACCGAGUGAGGUGAGUUGAGCUUUGUCUCUGCACGCUGAUCUCACCCGUUUUUCAGGUUGAAUGCUGUUUCAAACAG